AUGUCUGAUCCAGAUACCGUAAUUGAACAACAAGCCGUAGAUAAUCAACAAGAUACUAGAGGCGCAGCGGCACAACCAACGAAGACAGAACCUCCACCAUCAACAAUUCCGAAAGUUGUAAUCAGCGAGACUGAAGACGAAGCCAACAUCCCGAGUACUCAACGAAUUCAGCACAUCAAGACGAGAUACUCGGAGGUGAUAGGGCUACCCGCUGCAGGUCUCACUAUGCAUCAAGAGAUUCUACUGAGGCAGCUAAAGUUCAGAGUGGAGAGCAUCACCCACAUUUAUGAGGAGCUCACCACCACGAUCAUGAAUGACGAGGACGUCACCGUGGAAGAGCUGGAUGGACAGAAAGAAAUCCUUGAGACCUACUGGGAAUCAGUCGAACAGACAGCUGCCACAAAGGAGCAAAGUAUAAAGCUCAUCAGUAAGCUGAAAGGUCGGCUGUCGAAGAAAACUCAACCCGCAAGCAAUUCACCAGGCCAAGAACACCCAGACAAGCUCACACGUCUGGAUUUGAAGGCUUUCGACGGCACCCCAUCCCAGUGGAAGGAAUUCAGAGAUCUCUUCACCUCGCUGGUCGGUACCAAAUCAACAAUCGCACCAGUGGAGAAGUUGAUUAGGCUCAAAAGCAGCCUCAGAGGACCUCCAGCUACUCUCAUAUCGACAUUGUACAUCAACGACCGGAAUUAUGAAAAGGCUUGGCAGAAGCUCAAGGCGGAAUACGAUGAUCCAAGAUUGGUGGCUCAGUACCUGUUCAAUCGAAUACUGCAGCUACCAAAAAUCACCAAGGCAACUCAGGAGAAACUCAACCACAACACAGCAGCAGCAGUCGAGUCGCUAGACCAGCUACGAGAGGUAGUCGGUCUCUCAGAUGCGAACUUGAUUGAACAGAUGAUCGCCCACCUGCUGAGGAGAUCAUUAGAUGCAGAAACCCUCAAGCAGUGGGAAUUGAAACUGGGAGACUCCAGAGACUUUCCCAGUCUGAAGGAAUUCGUCGGAUUCGUCGAAGCCUGCGGCAGAGGAAUCAACGCAGGAUCAGAGCUUCAUGCAACACAGGAAACCAACAUCGCCGACAGGAAAUCACCGAAGAAGAAGAAGAGCUCUUACGCAGCAGCUACUCAACAAGACAGCAACGCUGAGAGGCUUCUUCCGAGAAACUGUUGUGCCAUGUGUAAGGAAAAACACUUCAUCGCUGAGUGCCAGAAAUUCAGGGAGUUGCCCCCAGUAAAGAGGAAUAGCGUGGUCAUAAGCAAUGGCCUCUGCUUCAGCUGUCUGGGACCUCACCGAAAGACGAAGUGUUUCUCAACGAAAAGAUGUCAACAAUGUCAGGGCAACCACCACACUUUAAUUCAUGGAGGAAGCGAGUACACCAACGCUCCACCACGAACUCGACGUGACUUGGAAUCAACAGAUGUCCCUGCAUCAGCAAAAGUCGAUCCAGGGCAGAGUACAGACAAGAUCACGACUCAACCCAGUACAUCAACGGCAACAGUCAACCUCAACAAUCAGCGGACCAGUGAGAAUGCAGAAACAACUCAACAAGAAGCAGAUAAAAAAUCAGUGCAGUUAGCAACAGCGCGAGUCAAAGUAAAAUCCCCAAAAGGAUUCAUCAGCAGAGCCAGAGUACUAAUUGAUCAAGGAUCCGAGGUGUCAUUUAUCUCUGAGAAAUUCGUACAUCAACUGCACCUCACAAGAACAACAGAAACGUUGGAAUUAAUAGGAAUUGGCGGAGUCAAUUCAGGCCACACAAGAGGAAGGGUGUCAGUGACGCUACAAGCAAUCAACGGGCCCCAGCAAGUAAAACUCAACGCCCACGUCUUGAAGAAAAUCACGGCAAUCCUGCCAUCAUUCUCCUGUGAAUCAGUCGACAUCGGCUCACUAGAAAAUCUUCAACUAGCUGAUCAACAGUAUCUCCAGUCUGGACCAAUAGAUAUAAUAAUAGGGGCUGACAACUACGGGCAGAUAAUUAAAGAUGAAGCUGUCAAGUCUAAACAGUCAAGAUUAGUUGGCCAACGCACAGCAUUUGGUUGGAUAUUAUCAGGUCCAAUCAACUGCUCCAGUUGCUCAACGAGGGUCUCCCUAUCAGCUGUACGAGAAUCUUCAAAUGAACGACUACUACAGCUUCUACAAAGGUUUUGGGUCCAGGAAGAAUUACCAGUCCAACGUUCAAACAACUCAGAGCUAUCACCAGACGAGCUGGAGUGUGAAAAACACUUCAAAUCAACACACAGCAGAGAUUCAACAGGGCGUUACAUUGUGAGGCUCCCAUUGAAAACGUCAGCAGAAGCGCUCGGGGAGUCAAAGUUCAAGACUUCACGACAGCUCAAAUCAACAGUCAGCAAACUCAACAACAAUCAGGAAUAUGCCCAGCUCUACAAGGAGUUUAUCAACGAGUACGAGGCUUUGGGACAUAUGCAGAGAGCACCCGAUUCUCCAGAACCUACCCCAGCCUAUUAUCUGCCACACCACGGUGUUCUGAGAGAAGAGGUCAUCACCACAAAGCUGAGAGUCGUUUUCAACGGCUCCAGUCCCAGCUCAUCAGGUAUGUCACUCAAUGAUAUAUUAUAUCCUGGUGGAAAAUUGCAGAUCAACGCCAUGGACGUCUUGACAUGGAUGAGAAAGCACAGACUCGUGUUUGGCACCGACAUCGUUAAGAUGUUUAGACAGAUACGAGUUCACAGGGACGAUUGGGACCUCCAGAGAAUUUUGUGGAUUGAUGAUAAUCAGCAACAAAUCUCCUAUCAGCUAACCACAGUCACCUACGGUCUCAACUGUUCUCCAUGGCUAUCUCUGAGAGUUCUUCAACAAUUAGCGGAGGAUGAGGGUCACCGCUUUCCAGCAGCCGUCGAGACAAUCACCAGAGGUCGGUAUGUUGGCAACAUCUACGGCGGAGCUGAGUCAGCAGCAGAACUCAAGGAGAUAGUCUGGCAACUACAAGGACUCUGUCAGGCUGGAGGCUUCGCUCUUCAGAAAUGGAGCAGCGAUUGCCCACGGCUAUUGCACGAGCUCGGAUUAUCAACAGAGGAAGCCGUAAUCCAGUUUGAAGAAUCAGUUACCAAAGUUCUUGGAAUAUGCUUCAACCGUAGCUAUGAGUGCAGUGGUGUACAUACGCACCAGGAACAUCAACGAGCCAGCUUCAACAGUGAUGGUCUGCGCGAAGACAAAGGUAGCACCGAUCAAGCGCAUGACUAUUCCAAGAUUAGAGCUUACAGCAGCUCUCUUGUUAAUACAACUAGUAGCCUCAACACAGAGUNACGGUGGGAGUUAUUUCGCCAGGAACUCACAGAAUUGGACAAAGUUGCUAUACCCAGAUGGCUCAAUUUAACAUCAAAAGAAAGUAACAUUCAAUUACACGGAUUCGCAGAUGCUUCAACCGUAGCUAUGAGUGCAGUGGUGUACAUACGCACCAGGAACAUCAACGAGCCAGCUUCAACAGUGAUGGUCUGCGCGAAGACAAAGGUAGCACCGAUCAAGCGCAUGACUAUUCCAAGAUUAGAGCUUACAGCAGCUCUCUUGUUAACACAACUAGUAGCCUCAACACAGAGUAUGCUUCAGCUCGACCAUGCAGAAACUCAUCUUUGGUCGGAUUCAGCAGUAACACUCGCUUGGAUCAGAAGCCACGCAUCAACGUGGAAAGAUUUCGUCCACAACAGAGUGGUCAAGAUUCAGGAAACUCUUCCGAAUGCCAUCUGGAGACACGUCAGUGGGAAAGAAAAUCCAGCCGACUGCGCAUCCAGAGGCAUAUCUCCAAGUCAGCUAGCAGAUCAUCAACUUUGGUGGUCAGGACCUGAGUGGAUUAAUCAGGAUCCUGAAGAGUGGCCACAAUCAAUAAUUGACGCUCCAGCAAUGGACAUCCCAGAAGUGGCCAAGGAAGCGAAACCAGCACGAGCACAUCCAGUUGCACCAAAGGUCAACGAACUUGCUGAGCUACUCACCAGGUACAGCUCGAUGGCUCGGCUUCUAGCAGUAACAGCGACUAUCAACAGGGCAAUCGACAGAUUCAGGAGACUGCCGACGCCCCCGGGACCAGUCCUGUCAACAAGAGAACUCAACGAAGCGAGAUUAUUCUGGGUAAAAAUAACACAAAAUCAGUACUUUGUUUCAGCCCUUCGUGUGCUUCAGAGAAAUCAAAAGCUACCACGAGGUCACCAAUUAGCAAAGCUCACACCAACCCUAGACGAGUUGAACAUCAUGAGACUUGGGGGACGCCUGAAGAACUCAGACCUACACCCUGAAGAGACACACCCAAUAAUCUUGCCACGUCAGUCGAGAUUCACCACACUGGUGAUCGAAGAAGCUCAUCGCAGAACCCUCCACGGAGGGACUCAACUCACGCUGGCCUACACCAGACAAAGGUACUGGAUAAUCGGUGGCAGGGGCACAGUCAGAGCGUACAUUCUGCGCUGUGCUAUCUGCACCAGACACCGAGGGAAGCAGGCUCAACAACAGAUGGGUCAGCUGCCUGCAACCAGAGUAUCACCAUCCAGAGCAUUUCUCCAGACCACGGAAGCUUUCCUAGGAGCCUACAAGAGAUUCACCGGAAGACGGGGCAUUCCAGCUGUCAUGUACAGUGACAAUGCCACCACGUUCACCAGCGCAGCAGAAGUUCUAGAAAGGCUCUAUCACCAAGCUUCCAGAGAAAAUCAACGAAUUCAGGCUGCUCUCGCCACCAAUGGGACACAAUGGAGCUUCUCACCACCUAGAGCCCCUCAUUUCGGUGGCAAAUGGGAAGCAGCCGUGAAAUCAACAAAAUAUCACCUCAAAAGAGUCCUGGGAAAGACAACACUAACGUUUGAGGAACUCAACACCAUAGUGAUCCAGAUAGAGGCCUGUCUAAACUCCAGGCCAAUCUGUCCGAUGUCGGACGACCCAGAAGAUCUCCAAGUGCUCACACCAGGACAUUUUUUGAUAGGUGAGCCUCUCCAAGUAAUCCCAGAGUCUUCAUACGUCAACGAGAACCCCAGCAAAAUUCGACGAUGGAACCUGGUGACGCAGAUAAUUCACCAGUUCUGGUCCAGGUGGUCCAAAGUGUGUCUUCAACGGUACCAGUCAAUCUACAAGUGGAAGACACGUCAACAGAACAUAGAGGUUGACAAUAUGGUGCUGAUGAUGGAAGACAGCUUUCCACCAACGCAGUGGCCAAUUGCCAGAGUCAUAGCAACGAAACCAGGAGCAGAUGGGCUUACAAGGGUAGCCAAAGUGAGAAUCACCAAGGUAGAAGUCGGCACGCAUCCAGACGGGUCACCAAACCUCCAGAACAUCAAAACGACCCACUCGGAGUUUGAUCAACCAAUCGCCACGCUCUGUCUGUUGCCAACAGACCCACCACCACCAGAACAACCUCCAGAAGAAGAUCAACUAGAGGACGUAGAAGACCAACAGAACGACAACCAGUAA